AUGGGUGAUUAUCAAGAUCGCCUCCAACCGACGCUCUAUUGCGAUCUUUCUCACGUGGAAUUCACCACUCCAGAAGAAACUGACGACCACAAUAAUCGGUCGGAAAUCAACUUGAACUUCUCUUGGAAAGUUGAUUUUUCCGAGUGGAUUAUUCCACAUGCAGUUCAACAAUAUUCUACAAACCCACAGGUUGUUAGACGAUUCAAUGAAUCCACAACCAAUUUCUCCUUCGGAGUGAGCCGCAUGCAGUUUCGGUGUCUCAGUGAAUUAAGGGGAGUCAUGGAAUUCGAGCUGAGGGGCGUGUUAGACAAUUACGAUUUUCGCAGAAACGUGGCUGAAUAUGUUAUCGUAACAACACUGGCAAGCUUCGACAUCGAUAUUCUCGCAGAGGGCAGAGUUUUGGAUUUUUACUUCGACGUGUUGGUAGAUAACCAACAAAUUGUAUUUGGGCCUGGGGAAAUUUAUGAAGAGGAAUAUAAUUGUAUGGUUCCAGCGGAGGAUUCAUCGAUAAUGUCGUCAUUGAAGAGGGUGGCCGUUGAUUCUAAUCAGAACAUUAGUUGCUCGAUUUGUUUGGAAGAUCUGUCGUCGGGCGGCGACAAUAAUUGCGAAGAAGCGUUAAGCAUGCCGUGUUCGCAUGUUUAUCACGGGGACUGCAUCAAGAAGUGGCUUACCAUUAGUCAUUAUUGCCCACUCUGUCGAUUUGAGAUGCCAACCACGAAUUAG